UUUACCUUCGAGCUACUGGUGGUGAAGUUGGUGCUUCAAGUGCUCUAGCUCCAAAAAUUGGUCCUCUAGGUUUGGCCCCCAAAAAGGUUGGUGAAGACAUUGCUAAGGCUACAGCCGAUUGGAAGGGUUUACGUGUGACUGUUAAACUGACAAUUCAAAAUCGUCAAGCAGCAGUUUCCGUAGUACCAAGUGCUUCAUCUUUAGUUAUCAAAGCUCUUAAAGAGCCACCUAGAGACCGUAAAAAGGAAAAGAAUAUUAAACACUCCGGAAAUAUUACUCUAGAUGAAGUGAUUGAAAUUGCUCGUACUAUGCGUUCAAAGUCUUUCGCUAAAAGUCUCAAGGGAACAGUAAAGGAAAUUUUGGGCACAUGUAACAGCGUUGGUUGUACUGUUGACGGUUCCUGA